AUGGACGACUCGGCCCACCGAAAAAUCGAGCUCCAAGACCCCGAAGACCUCUCCUUCCUCAUCGCCAACGUCCGACGCGCCGCCCGCGAACGCAUCGACGAGGCCUUUCCCCCCGUCAAUAGAGCUGACGGCGAGGAAGACCAACUGCGUUUACAAAUAGAAGCACUCGUCAACGACUACAUAACGAAAACAUUCACCCUCGCCGCCCCGAACCUCUCCAUAAACGGCCUCCCCGUAGACGCCCAAGCCUACCUCUCCCCCUCCCAACCCUCCAACCCCACCGCACCGCCAGUAGUCUACGAACCCUUCAACGAUAAGAUGCACCAACGCGUGCUCGACCUCGCUCGCGAAGAAGAAGACCUCCUCGCCGAAAUCGCCUCCCUCAAACAAAAGAUCCCCGGGCGCGUGGCGGCCGCGUACUCCGAGACGCUGCGCGGGGGCCUCAACGCCGACGAGGCUGCGUUGGAGGAGCGGGCGCGGGAGGUUUGUUCCGAGGCGGGGACGAGUGUUGGCGAGGCUGGUAAGGGCGUUUUGGAUGUUGAGAACGCUGUAAAGGCGAAAGGAGGGGAAGGGGGGGAUGUGGAGGAGGUUUGGAAGGGGCUUGUGGAGGGGUUGGAGAAGUUGAAGAGGGAGAUGCCGGCUGCUGUGGCGAAGAUGGAGAGGGCGAGGGUUGCGGGGGAGUAUGUUAUUACGCAGGGGAGGUGA